AUGAAGGUUUGCGGAGUAGGAAGAAGUAGGCCACUGGAGUUCUUCAGAGAAGCCCACCUACCCCCUGGCCUGGAAGGUGUGGGAAAGCAGAAAGCUGUUGGCCUGCACCCCAAGCCCAAACUGCAGAGAACCCCGGCGCAGGAAACAGCGGGGCAGCGAGAGCGGAGACGGGAGGGCACCUGCCCAGGGACGCACGUGCCCGCAUCCCACACGCGCACCUUGCACGCAGGCUGCCUGCCUCCCAACACCCACACGCACCGCCUUUCCAACAAGCUGGAGAGCUGCGACCCCGGAGAACGGGGAACGGGGAACGCGGAACGGGGACAGGCGGGAAGAGGCGGCGGGCCGCGGGAGGCAGAGGGGAUGGAGGCGAGGACGGUUCAGCAGCCCCCCCCCUGCUCAUCGAGCUCCGCGAGCCCCGCAGGGGCCGCGAGCAGCAGGCAGGAGGCCGGGAGAGAGGAGGGAGACUCCGGGAGGAGGGCGCAGGGGGCAGCGCUUCUGGACCGAGCGCCCCUGAGCCAGCAGCGCCGGCUCAGACAGGCCACCCGGUUCCUGCACAAGGACUCUGCCGACCUGCUCCCCCUGGACAGCCUCAAGAGGCUCGGCACCUCCAAGGACUUGCAGCCGCACAGCGUGAUCCAAAGGCGCCUGGUAGAGGGGAACCAAAGUCGGUUUCAGGGCGAGUCUCCACCCGCUCAGGCCCCAAUUCCCGGCCAGGAGAGCAGGAGGAAGACCAGCAAAACACAGAUUCCUGCUCUUCUGGUGAACUGCAAGUGCCGAGACCAGGAGCUUCGGGUGGCCGUGGACACAGGCACCCAACACAACCAGAUCUCGGCCGGAUGCCUCAGCCGCCUGGGGUUAGGGAAGAAGGUCCUCAAAGCCCCAGGUGGCGACCUGGCCCCUGGGCCCCCCAUGCAGGUGGAGCAGCUAGAGCUACAGCUGGGCCAGGAGACGGUGGCCUGCUCUGCCCAGGUGGUGGAUGUUGAGAGUCCCGAAUUCUGUCUUGGACUGCAGACUCUGCUUUCUCUCCAGUGCUGCAUUGACCUCGAGCAUGGAGUGCUGCGGCUGAGGGCCCCCUUCCCAGAGCUGCCCUUCCUGCCUCUGUACCAAGAGCCUGGCCAGUGACCGUGGAACCAGUCAGUCCCCAGGGGAAGGAUGGUGCCCCAGGGAAGAGCUGUGUUGGGGAAUGGGGUAUUACUGGGCCAGGUACCUGGGACUACCAUGUCUGUCCCUUCUGUCAUCACCCUGACCCUGCCGUCCCGUUGGCCUCAAUCGGCCACAUUCCUCUCUGCUUCUGAGCAACUGCCCAAUCCUCCAGGAGUCUUCCAUAGAGAGGGCCCAUGAUCUCAGGGGCCUGGCCUCCCCACUCCCCUCCAAAUCAGGACUGUGGAAAAGGAUGGAAGCGAGGUGUGGUGGGAACCGGCCCAAGUCAAAGGCUACAGCCCGUAGUGUCCUUUACCUGCCUCCACACACCCCUCGGCGGCCUUCACUCCCAUGCCUCUCCCUUUCCCUUCGGGGGCUCGUUACCUCUUGCAACUAGACUGCCACGCCUCACCCACCGGGGGCCCUGUGCCUGCUGACGUCUACCUUUCUGAUCCUGCACACAUCUGCUCACGGCUGAGUGGGGGAAGAAACAGGAAACAGAAUACUCCAGAACAGGAGGGAGUCGGGUUGGGAGACGAGUGUCAGGCUCUCAAGGCUGGGAGUUUUCUUAAGUUUCCUUUCCUGGGGUUGUAGACGUCGGAAGUCAGUUAUUCGAUCUCCUUGUGCGAAACCUUGGGGGUACCUCCAGCAUUUCUCCAGGUGUUUCUCCUCCCCUUGCUUUUUUACACUCUGGGCCCCUGAACUUCAGGGAGGUGGCAGGGAGCCCUGUCAGGAACUGCCCCCACAAGGCAGACAGGAUGGCAGGCGCUGGCCGUACUCACACUUGGAACCUAACCAGUAUUCUUUCUUAUUUCUAGAACUACUCACCUCAUUAGACCUUCUUCCUUCCCCUCAUCUCUGGCCUCCUGAGCCUGAGCUUGUCUUAUUUUGGAAUCUUAUUUUGAUCCUUCGCCAGGCUCUGAGCCAAAGCAAAAAAAACAAAGAGGCUUUUCGUCUUCACUGUGAAGAGAGGAACCCAAACCUUAAGGAGCCAGACACCCUGAGCGUCUUUCUGGCAGGUUUGAGUCUCUCAAGUCACUGACUAGGGGGAGAGGAAGACAGUGAUGCAAAUGAUCUCAGCCAGGGAACUAGGACCUUGGGGUGGAAGCAAAAUCUUGAGCCCGGGGUAGAGGAGAGGAGAACCAGGAUACGACCCCGCUGCCCUGUGACAUCUGGUCUUGCCUUUCCCAGCGGAGUUCCCUGUCCUCAAAAGAAGAGGAGGGGGCUCACUACCACAUGUGGCAUGAUGAUACCCUGGUCCCUCUCUGCCUUGCCCCGUAACCUCUGCUUUCCUGGCUCUGUCUGCUCACUCCUGUCUCCUGCUUCUUCUGUAACCGCAGCCCCCAGACUCAGCGGCAGGUCUUCGGCUCAGCUGCUCCUGCCCUUGAAUAAACACUCAUUUCUCUAUGCUCA